GAAAGGGAGAAAGAAAGGAAGUAAAGAAGGAAGGAAGGAAAGAAGAAAGAAAGAAAGAAAGGAAGGAAGGAAGAAAGAAGAAAAGAAAGACGGCGUUCGAUCGAGUCGAGAGAGACAGACUCAUCUACUUGAGAAUCUCGGUGCUUCUUUUAUCGUCGCGAUCGUGAGUGUGCCUCGUCGAUAGGACCAUAAAGAAAGGGGUUGCUCGUGGAAAGAGAAUUAGAAGAAGAGAGAGAGAAAGAAAAGAGAGAAGAAGUAGAAGAAGAAGAAGAAGAAGAAGAAGAGGAAGUAGUAGUAGUAGAAGUUGGGAGAAAGCGGAGAAAGAGAACCCGUAGUGCUCUCGAGAAGACGACGACGUUGGGUAAAAGACGGAAAGAGAAAGAGAUAUAGAUAGAUAGAUAGAUAGAUAGAGAGAGAGAGAGAGAGAAAGACUACAAAUAUAGAUGCAAGUGUGUCAGCGACGUAGAACGAGUUGUCUCGAGGUGUUGCAAGGGUUAGGUCGUCUCUAAGCAGAAAAAGAGGAAAUUGAAAAAGAUCCUUCGUGAAUCGUCAAUAAAGUAAUCAAGUUUUUUAAUUUUGUCGAAACGAAACGACGAAACGAUUACGUACGUCUUUCGAUAAUAAUCGUAAUCUCCGAGACAGUCAUUCGUCUAUCACAUCGAAAUCUAACAUAUCGUAGAUUUGUUUAUAUAAAAGAAGAAGAAGAAGAAAAAACGAAAGAAAUAAAAAAACAAUCCUCGCUCAGUCAGGACGAGCACGUUGUUCACUGACGGCCGUCAUAUCGUAUUUUCCCUCGCUUUUUCUCCCCGGAGCCCUUUCUCUCUGGGUCCACCUUCUCUCUUUGACUGACGCCCACGCACGCAUACCAAAGUGAGCGUGCGCGCGUGCGUGAUCACGUGCGACUGCAGCCAAUGCGCGCACUUUCUAGCAACAAAGAGCUACGGGAAGCCGGUGGGCAGUAAACAAGUGUAACGUAAAGGAAUUUUUUCGAUGUAUCCUUUGAGACCCGAGAUGAAAAGUAUUUAAUAACGAUCAAGAGAGAGAGAGAGAGAGAGAGAGAGAGAGAAAGCAAAGGACAAGAAAGAUUACUUCUUUCGAAAAGGAAUAGCGAGAAUUAAAAACUUUUCGAUUGGAGAAAGAACAGAAAGCGACGAGAAUGUACACGAAGUAUUGGAUGUUAAGGGCAAAUGCAGCGGCUAUGGCCCUAAUAUUAAUGACUCUUUUAAUACUCGGACAGGCAGCGUUGUCAUUCGUUUUGGAUGGCUCGUCGACUAGUUACGCACAGUUCCGAAAGUGGAACGCCGCAUUGAACGGUAGCUUAGAGUUCGAGUUCAAGACCGAACAGGGCAACGGUUUAUUACUUUAUACGGACGAUGGUGGUACCUACGAUUUCUUCGAGGUUAAACUAGUUGAAAGCGCGUUACGGCUUAGAUAUAACCUCGGUGGAGGCGCGCAGAUCGUCACCGUGGGCCACGACCUCGGUGACGGUCACUGGCACAAGGUACAGAUAAGCAGAUCCAACGAGAAUACAACAUUGACGGUAGACGGUGUCAGCGCCGUAUCAACUUCGCGCGGCAAGGAGUUUGAAUUUGGAAAGUUGUCCGGUAACUCGGACGUUUACGUCGGUGGUAUGCCCGGUUGGUACAACAGCAAGCUUACCCUGUUAGCUCUGCCGAGUGUCAUCUUUGAACCAAGAUUCAAUGGAUUCAUCAGAAAUCUCGUUUAUGCUGAUGCCGAGAGUUUGGUACCAAGGAGACAGGAAAUGAAGAGCCGUGACGCCAAGUGUGCCAACUUCCCAUGCGUCGAAAGCGUCAGCAAACGAAAAACACCUAGGAGCUUACGGAACUCGAUGGCAGGCAACACGACGGACGCAUGCGAGACACGAGAUCCCUGUCAACACGGUGGCAUCUGCAUUUCAACGGAUAGCGGACCCAUCUGCGAGUGCCGUUCCGGUGAUUACGAGGGUGCUUACUGUGAGAAAGAAGCAUGGAGUACGGUGCUGCCUACGGCGGGUGCGGCCGAUUACUGGGAUUACAACAAAGUACCCUCGGAGGCGUCAUUUCGUGGAACAGAAUACCUUACGAUAGAUCUAAGCAAAGGGGAUCCCAUAUUAAGUACUCAGGAAUCCGUAGGACUUCAAUUUAAGACGAGACAACCUAAUGGACUUUUCUUUUACUCCGGAGUAGGAGACGAUUACCUAACCGUGUCUCUUAGGGACGGUGGUGUCGCCGUUGGGAUGACUUUGGCCAAAGGGAGACUCGAUCUACAUAUCAAACCAGCCAGAAUUAGGUUCGACGACAACCAAUGGCAUAAAAUCAUCGUUCAUAGGAAGGUUCAAGAGAUCUCCUCAAUCACCAGUUUCUGCAGGCUUUCGGCCAUCGUCGAUGGAAUUUAUGCGGAACACGGACACACCGCAGGAUCGUUCACACGUCUAGCGAGCGAUCGACUUCUAGUUGGUGGUGGUGCUGAUGCGAGAUCUUUGCAAGGUGCCAAAGGGAUCAACAACUUUGUCGGCUGUCUAAGAAAGGUGGAAUUUACCGCGGAAGGCGUCAAAAUGGAGCUGAUAGAAGCGGCCAGAAGUGGUGCAGCGGGUGCCGCAGCCUGGGGCAAAAUGGAUUUUCACUGUCGCGAGCCAAGAGCCUCAGAUCCUAUCACUUUCACCACCAGAGAUUCUCAUCUCAAGGCUGCGGCGACUUCGGUAAACGCGAGGCGACUUCACGGCGCCGUGGUCACCUUCACCAGCUCAGAGUCCCACCUGGUUCUUCCACCCUGGAAAGCUUCCAAAUCCGGGAGCAUAUCCUUCAAAAUUCGCACGAACGAGCCGAAUGGACUAAUAAUGUAUAGUCGUAGCGGAGCACACACGAGGGAAGAUCUCUUCGCAUUUGAGAUCUUAGGUGGACACCUUUAUCUCCAUGCCGAUCUUGGAAGCGGAUCCGUAAAGGUGAGAGCAUCGAAGCAACGAGUUGACGAUGGUGUAUGGCAUGACGUGGCCCUACGACGUGUCGACCGGGAUGGUCGUGUUACUGUCGACGACUCUACCGUAGAAUUUCGUACACCAGGCGAUUCGACCCAACUCGAUUUGGAUGGAUUGCUUUACAUCGGUGGAGUAGGAGCACCCUUCGCUCCAUUGACUGUCCCACCAGUCCUAUGGACUGGUACAUUGCGACAAGGCUAUGUCGGUUGCAUGAGAGAUCUCGUUAUUAAUGGUCAUCCCGUUGACAUCGCUGGAUAUGCACAGCAACAAGAUUCAGGUGCCGUGAGGCCAGCCUGUCACGCCCAACCAUCCCUACAUUGUUCCUCACAACCAUGUAUGCAUGGUGGAUAUUGUCUCGAGGGUUGGAACAGAUUCCAUUGCGAUUGUACCGGAACACCAUUUACCGGUCCUACUUGUGGAAAGGACGCUUCGACCCUACAUUUAAAUGGGACCCAACAAAUGACUGCACUCAUGCCGGAUGACUCGAGAACGCAAGCCGAAGAAGUUAUCGUACGUUUCAAAACGACCAGGCCACGUGGUUUAUUGAUAGCUACGAGUUUAGAAAAUAGCAGCGAUCGUUUGCAAAUAUUCCUCGAGGAGGGAAAAGCUAAAAUGCUCAUUCAUAUCGGUGACAGGGAAAAGAGCUUGACGGUCGGACAGGGCUUAAAUGACGACAUGUGGCACGUUUUGAGGUUUUCAAGAAGGGCGAGCUCGUUAAAAUUUCAAGUCGACGACGAACCUGCAAUACGUGCCGAAACACAACUUGGUAAGCAAAGCAUCCUACAAUUUCGGACGCUUCACGUUGGUGGAUACUUACAUGCCGGCGAAGACAUUCCUCACUUUGUCGGACAGCUUCAACAGAUCUGGUUCAAUGGUUACCCCUAUUUGGAGAUAGCCAGAAGUGCCGGUAGCCAUCAGAGUUCUCAUCAGGGUGUGACACCGAUCAUCAGGGUAACCGGGAAAUUUGGAAAAAGGAAUCAUCCUGUCCAUCAUCCUGUUACCUUCACCUCGAAACACACAUUUGUUGGAUUGCCAGUAUUGAAGGCCUACGUGGAAACGAAUAUCUAUUUCCAGUUUAAAACACGUGAACCUAAUGGAUUGAUCCUUUACAAUGCUGGAAGAGAACGUGACUUCAUAGCCGUUGAGCUGGUGAAUGAACAUAUUCAUUAUGUCUUUGAUUUGGGAGAUGGCCCUGUAAGAAUCAAAGACAAUUCGAAGAGUAGAUUGAACGAUGGCAAAUGGCAUGCCGUUAGCAUUGGAAGGCCUGCACCAAAAAGGCACACCUUAGCUGUAGACGAUCACGUUACUGCUGUUAAUAGUCAAGGUAGCAACGAAAAUCUUGACCUUGAUGGAAUAUUAUAUAUAGGUGGAGUAGAAAAGUCUCAAUACAGUCAACUACCGAAACAAAUACUGAGUCGGCAUGGAUUCGAGGGUUGUCUUGCGUCCUUGGAUCUUAGCGGCGAAAGUACCGAUUUACUCUCGGAUGCGGUUGUUCCGAGUUCUCUCGUCGAACCCGGAUGUGACGUAUACGCGAAUCUUCACGCUGGAAAAAAAUGUACUCACGAUGUAUGCGCGAAUCAUGGUACAUGUUUACAACAAUGGAACAGUUACACCUGCGACUGCGACAUGACCAGCUUUUCAGGACCUACUUGUAGCGAAGAAGCUGUGGCGUAUGAAUUUGGUGCAGGAAGAGGAAUCAUCACAUAUACGUUUCCAUCGGAUCGAAGACCGGAAAUGAAACGAGACACCGUCGCCUUAGGAUUCGUUACGGGAAUGAACGACGCGGUGUUACUUAGAAUAGAAUCAGCCUCUAGCAACGAUUACUUAGAAAUUGAGAUUGUCGAAGGAAACAUUUUUGCGGUAUACAACAUGGGUACUAACGACCAUCCAGUCGGAGAAGUAGGUGUCAAAGUAAACGACAAUCAAUAUCACGUCGUUAGAUUCACAAGAAGUGGAGCGAAUAGCACGUUACAAGUCGACGAUUACAAUCUUCAAUCGAAUCAUCCGUCCGGCUAUCAGCACUCAGUAUUCAAUAGCCAAUCGACCAUACAAGUAGGUGGCAGAUGGAAUCGAAGCAAGGGAAGGGUCGAAAGACCAUUUUUAGGAGUAAUCGCUGGCCUUGUCGUCAAUGGUGCAAGAAUCUUGGAAUUGGCUGCUGCCAAGGACAGUCGAGUUACUACAAGAGGAGACGUUCAACUUUUACCAGCUGGAAGUCUUCUUGAUAGAGCUGCUCCAUUGCAACGCAUGCAGCAGACUCCAGCAUCCGGCUUCCCAGGGGUGAUGGACGAUCUAAUCUUCUCCGGUGCCGGAAGUGGAUGUGCCGGCGACGACGAAGACGAAGAAUGCACUCCCAUUUACGAGCCUGGUUCCGGUAAGUAUGAUUUGAUAACGCCGGUCUACGUGGCACCUACAAGGCUACCAACAACUUUGAGACCAAAACAUACCGAAAAUAUUCAAGAACGACCGUCGUGCGACGACGAAGAAGAAGAUUGCGAGGAAGGUUCGGGAGAACCUGGAACAACUGAGGAAAUAGUCGUCACAUCUUCUACCGCAGACACGAGCAGCCCAGUAACAUAUACGACGUCGCGAGAGUACUCGACAAGUCACAGCAGCACUCAGCACAGCCCAACGAUAUCGUCGUCAUCUUUAUCGUCAUCGACGUCGACGCGGGAAUUCGUCACAGUUUCUGUGCAAUACAAUGCUUCAACGAUCGACACAGAAACCAGCCAUAGCAGUAGUAGCGUUGUGACGCACCGAUCGACGACUGUGACAACCCAAACGAGCACUACAGAGAUGACGGACCCACCCCCACCACCUCCACCGCCAAUUUAUCCACCGAUGCCAACCCCACCGAAAAACAGUAACAAGAACAAGAGGAUAACAUCCGAAACUGCAGAAAAUGUGGCACUGAUAAUUGGUAUUAUAGCGGGUGCGCUCAUCGCAAUAGUACUCAUCAUCCUGAUAAUCUUAAAGUUUAAGAAUCGACCGGAAACCAGUUGCACGGUGGACGAGACUAGAAGAUUCUGUCAGGAUCCGAACGCAGCUCUCCUUGGAGCUACUGGUUCUGGACAGCCAUUUAACGGUGCUCUUAAAAAUGGCGCGAACGGCACAAAUAAAAAACGAGAACUCAUAGACAUCAAGGAGUGGUACGUGUAGGCCUAGCCAAUUAAAAACGUGCAUCCUUCGAACUGGACUGAUAGUAGAAGAGAAAAUGAGAAAAAUAAAGAAAGAUAUAAUGAGGGAGACAGAAAUAGAAAGAAGUAAAGAAAGGGAGAGAAAGAGAGAGAGAGAGAAAGAGAAAGUAUCUAUCUUCCUCGUCUUACGCCCGACCACCGCACAAAAGCAAAAUCGUUUUAUCGUACCAGAAAGCGACGGUGGGUGGGACGUAGAAGAGAAAACCACGAAACAUCGCAUCUAUGUAUUCGCGGUAACGAGUUUCGAUACUUUUUCGAUACAACCGAGAUCGUCAGAAUUCGUGUGUGCCCUUUACAAAUCGCGCCACGAUCUCGCGAUCCUAACGCAUAGAUAGUUAAGUUUUCUCGAAAGAAAGACCUUUCGUUUAUUGUUAAACGUAGUUUUGAGAGAUUAAACGAUAUACAUUUGCGGCGUGCUAUUCAAAGACAGUCGUAAACUUAGGCAAUGACGAAAGUAUCAUAUACGAAUGAUAGAGAGUGAUGGUAAUGAUGAUGGCAAUGAUAAUGAUGAUGAUGAUGAUGGUGAUGAUGAUGAUGAUGAUGAUGAUGAUGAUGAUGAUGAUCCUACAUAGCGAUUAAAACUACAUUUAUUGUUGUAUAGAAAAAAAAAUAUAUAUAUAUAUUAUAUAUAUAUAUAAUAUAUAUAUAUACAUAUAUGUAUAUGAUAUUUACCGGUUACGUUAUGCGUGCAAAUUGUUUGUUAAAUUAUAGAUUUUAUUAAUAAAAGAAAAAAGAGAGAGAGAGAGAGAGAGAGAGAGAGAGAAAGAGAGAGAGAAAGAGAGAGAGAGAAAAAAGAAAGAAAGAGAAAAGCGCGUUGUGUCUAUAUGAGUAGGCGUAAACGCGAUCAGCUUCCGGUAUCGAUCGUGCGAGUGAACGCAUCGAUCCCGAAGGAAAAUAAUUGAUCGUAGGUUAUAGGACGGGGAAGUUAAUUAAAAGAAGAAAGUUAAGCUGUGAGAACGAUACGGUAGAUAUUCAAAAAAAAAAAAGAAAAAAAAAGAAGAACGACUCUCUCUCUGUGUUUCUCUUCGAGCAUCUGCUCCGUCGAAUCGUUGAAGGACAUACUCGAUUAUUAUUAUAUAAUACACGAUCGUGAUUCUUAUUAGAACGAACUUAAAGUGUGACCAGAAUUUCGAUGGGACAGCGAUGGAGAAGCGCCUGCACGUUUUAUACACACAUUGUUACACAGAAACACAAACAUACACACACGCAAGCAUGCACGCACAUUGUGCGCAUAACAUAGGACACAUUUAUACAUACAUACAUACAUAUAAAUAUAUUUUUUCAUAAGAACCAAUCUAACGAAUCUGGUCGGUACAGCUCGAGCUCGAAUAUCUACGUGGAAAUCGUUCCAUCUUUCUUUUCUUCUCGAAAUAAUAAAUAGAAGAUAUGAAAAGGAAAUGAAAAAAAAGAAAAAAAAAAAGAAAGAAAGAAAAAGAAAUAAAAUAAACAAAUAGUACUACGCACUGUACGUAAGUACAUAUAUAGGUACGGGUAAAUACAUAUAUACGUAUGUACAUUGAUCUCGUACGAUCGAUCAUUUGUAAUUCUGAAGUGAACAGGAAUCGUCAUAAAACUUCCUUCGAGAUAGUGUGGUGCGUGUUAUCGAAAUCGAACUCGGAUCCUCGCAACGAUCGUAAAAGAGAGAGAAAGAGAGAGAGAGAGAGAGAGAGAGAGAGAGAGAGAGAAUGAAUGAUCGUGAAAUGGUGAACGUUUAUCAAUAAGAAACGAAUAAGUAUUUACGCGUUGUAAGAUCUUCCAUAAAGAUGUAUGAAAAAUUAGAAGAGAGAAAGAGAAAGAGAAGAGGAAGAGAAAAAGAGAGGAAGAAUAAAAGAAAAAGAAAAAAGAUAGAUAGAGAGAGAGAGAGAGAGAGUAAAGGAAUCGCGUAAAUUUUCGCGUAAAGAUAAUAAAGGAGAUAGAAAGAAUGAAUAAAGAAGAAGAUUCAUUGAAAGCAAUAUGUAUGCAUGUAUAAUGAAGGAACUAAAUUACGACAAGACGGAUUACGACAAGAUUAUAAGUAUCUCGCGUGUAAAAGAGAGACGAACAAGAAAAAAAAAACGAAAGUAAAUGAAGAGUUGGUAAGAUGACUCUCUUUUCCUAAAAGUCGGAUGAGAAAAAAGAUAAAAAAAAAGUAAAAGAAAGAAAGAAAAAAGGAAAAAGAAAAAAGACGAUACUAUUAAUUAGUGUAGUGGCAUUGUAAUUGAAAGGAAGACGAAUGAGAGAAUGAGCGCGUGAGAACGAGAGGCAUGCUCGACGAUGAUUCAUCGAAAUCGUUCAGGUAUAAAAAAAGAAAAAAAAAAGAAAAAAAAAUGAAAAAAGAAUAAGAUAGAAUGAAGACAAAAUAAUAAAGAAAAAAAAAAAAUUAAAAAAAAAAAAGAUGAAUAAAACUAAAAAAAUUAAAAAAAACACGUCCGAUUGUCAUAGAAGCAAACAAACAAAUACAAAAGAGAAAAUGAAAGAAAGAGAGAAAAGGAGAACAGCCCUUCGCGUUUUAAGUGCGCGCAUUCACGCUAUCUCGAUCCCAAGGAUAAUAAUGAUUUUGAUUAUUUAUUUUAUUUUUUUUUUCUUCUUUUUUUUUUUCUUUUUUUUAUUCAUCGCUCGGUAUUUCAAACUAACUAUCUCUCUCGUCUAAUGACUUCUCUUCGCGUCCUUCCACGCUCGUUAAAAAAGAAUUUUUGUCAUAAUAAAAUUGAAUAUUUUCUUGAACUAGACGAGGAAUAUUCGUGCGUACCCGCGUAAUAUCGUAUCGUCGCUGUGUGUUUGUUAAAUAUCCUUUUAAAGUAACGAGUAUAUAAAAUAUGAUAUAUACGGUAUACAUGUAUUUUGUCGGAGGAAAGUAUAGUAAGGAAAAAUAUUUAAAAACACAAAAAAAAAAAACAAAAAAAAAAAGACAAAAACCAUAUAGUCCCUGUAUUCUUACAGUGCGCUUAAUGUAAGAAAAAAUACGUAUAAUUGCGCGCACGAACGCGCUUAUUUGCAAUAAAAAAAAAAAUGUUUCAAAAAAGAGAGAGAGAAAGAGAGAGAGAGAGAGAGAGAGGAGGAGAGAGAAAGAAAAAAAGAGAAACAGAUAAAGCACGCGUCGUCUUACAUAUUAGGAUACGCAUCAAGCGUAUUUGUGUAUGUCUAUAUAUGUAUAUAUAUGCGUGGGUACGUAUGUUGGUAUAUAUUUAUGUAUAUAUACAUACGCACACACGCGAACUCGAAACAUGUAUAAUAUUCCUACGAAAGAAGGAAAGAAAGAAAGUAAAGAAAAGUAUUGAGAAAAAGUGCACGCACGAAUAAUCGCAUUCGUUAAAAUAUUAUUAUUACAAAUAUAUCGUUUGUCCUAUCGAUCGUCUUUAUCUAUUAUUUGUUCGAAAAAGAAAGUGUGGAAGGGACGUGUUAGCACGAAAACUCGAAAUCUUUUUAUCUUGACACGCGAAACCUUUGAAACUACUACUAUUUGCGUCUCUAACGCACAGAAGCUUGAAUUCGCGUUCGGCCGACUCGUAUUAAAAGCCCAUAGACCGUGGAUCGAAUGAAACUAAUUGCAAUCAGGCUUAUCUCAUCCCUCAAUGUAUAUUUCAACAACGAUGGUGGCUUCUCGCGCUUUGAAGAAAACAAAAAAAAAAAAAAAAAAAAAGAAAAAAAAGCAAGAAAAAAAUAGAAAGAAAAGAAAAGAAAAGAAAAGAAAAAAAGAAAAAA